AUGUCUACCCGGGCUCUGCGAAGGCUCAGAGGGAAACAGCGGGGUCAGGAGGCCCUGGACCUCGGGGAUCUGAGUUUGGGUGACAGCCCGGAGGAGCAGGCUGAGGCAGAGGCUGAGGCUGAGGCACUGGACACCGCUAAUGUUUCUCUGCCACCUGACAGCAACGACGGCAGCAGAAAAGGAAAGAAAAACAAGGCUCAGAAAAACUUCAGUAACAUUUAUGAACUGAUAUGUGAUGCAGAAAAUGAGGUGGAGAAACUUUCACCUGAUGAAGAGGCUGAAAAUACAGACAAAAAUAAAAGAAAGGGUGCAGGCAAGAAUCACAACAGAGACUCUGAGAAAGUCGAUCAAAAGGAUGAAGAACUGUCCACUAAGACUGGUGACAGAGCUAAGAAGAAGAAGAAAAAGAAGAAGAACAAAGCAUCACCAGAAAAUGGACAGGAGGCUGCAGCAGAUAAUAUUGAUUUAUUGUUGGAGAACUUGGAACAGUCUAACGGCCUGGGUCUACAAAGUGAGGAUUGUGGAGGCUCCGACAGAAGAUCUGUGCUUCAGGUGGAGCAUCGGAAUCUCAAUCCAGAAACGGAAUUAAAGAGAUAUUUUGGGGCUCGAGCCGUUUUAGGGGAUCAAAGACCUCGACAGAGAAACAGACAGUUUCACCGCAGCACUUGGAUGACCAGUCCAAAGGAAAGUUGGCCUCGCUUCAGCCGCCCAGGGAUUGCUAUGAGCUUACUGGAGUCUAAGGAUGGUGUUCAGUAUUUUACAUUUGAGCACAGUCGGGAUUACCAACAAGUACAGUUCAAGUUCCUGGAUGCUGUCGAGUCCAUGGAUCCCAACAACAUAGUGGCCCUGCUUCAACUCAACCCAUACCACAUCGAUUCCCUGCUCCAGCUUUCAGAUGUCUGCCGAAUACAGGAGGAUCAAGAGAUGGCCAGGGAUCUCAUUGAAAGGGCCAUGUACAGCUUUGAGUGCGCUUUUCACCCCUUAUUCAGCUUGACAUCGGGGGCAUGCCGGCUGGAUUAUUUAAGACCAGAAAACAGAGCAUUUUAUUUGGCCCUUUACAAGCACAUGAUGUUUCUGGAGAAGAGAGGAUGCCCUCGGACCGCUUUGGAGUACUGCAAACUGAUCCUCAGUUUGGACCCAGACUCUGACCCACUUUGCAUGCUCCUGCUCAUUGACUUUCUAUCGCUGCGUUCCAGAGAGUACAAGUCUCUCCUUCAGCUGUAUCAGGACUGGGAGGAGCACAGGAAUCUGUCUCAGCUGCCAAACUUUGCCUUUUCCACGGCACUUUGUCAUUUCCAUCUCAGUCAGCAGGAAGAUCUGGAGCUGAAAGAAAGUGACAAACUAAGACAAGAGGCUAGCCAGAUACUCCAGAACGCUCUCAUUAUGUUCCCCGGAGUGCUGAUGCCUUUACUGGAGCUGUGCACCGUGCAGCCGGACGCUGCAGUCACCUCCCAUAGCUUCUUUGGCCCAAAGUCUCAGAUUGGGCAGCCACCUGCCCUGGCUGAGCUGACAGCUCUGUACGUGGGGAGAACUUACAAUCUGUGGAGGGAGGCAGCCGUCAUGCUUUGGUUGGAGGAGUCCGUGAAGGAGGUGCUGCGCAGAGUCGACGCCAAAGACCCUCAUGUGGAAGACUGUCAGAACAAGAGAAAGCAGAGGUACCAGAGUGCACCAAGGAACAUCCAUCGUCAUGUCCUCCUCUCUGAGAUCAAAGAGGCCACCUCAAGUCUGCCUCUUGAGGUAACCACGCAGCCUAUGAUGGGUUUUGACCCUCUUCCUCCUCUGGAUUCUGUCUUAUCGUAUACCCGUCCAGAGAGGCAGCAUGUGGGUGCAUCCAAUGAGAGCACGUUGUCCCUGUUUUUCCGAUCUCUGCUGCCUAACUUCAACUUGCAGGGCGGACCGAGGCUGGAGGACGACAUGGAGGUGGCUCGAGCCGGCCAGGAGCUGAACCAGGAAGUAAAUCGCCUGAUGGUGGCCAUGAGGGACAUGCUGGCUAACAUCCGGUUUCAGGAGCCCCCAAGAGACGACAAUCCUUACAGAGAUGAGGACGAAUGGGACUAA